AUGCUUCAGGCCAUCGCGGCGAGGGCGAAGGCGGAGGCCGCGAAGGUGAAGCACGCGGUCGGCCAGGCUGUCGGGGAGAUCAUCGACGACGCGAAGGUCGCCGCCGCGGACUUCAAAGAGUACCGCGGCGACGACGACGACGACGACGCGUGGAGCGAAGACGAAGACGACGCGAUCUCCGACGGCGAGCUCACCGGGGACGUCGCGAUCGAGGACGAGGACGGCGAGGACGACGGCGAGGACGACGGCGGCGCGGCCCCGGGCGGCGCGCUCGCCGCGCUGAGGGCGAGGCUCGCCGCGGAGAAGGACCGCGCGAGCGUCGAACGCGCGGAGAUCGAGAUCGCGCGCUCGGCACCCGCGGCGCCCGCGCCACCUCCUCCGGUCGCGGUCGUCGCGUCCGUCGCGCCGCCUCCGCCUCCGCCGGCGGCGCGGCCGCCGCCUCCCGCGCGUCAGCCGCCGCCGCCGCCGCAGCAGCAGCAGCAGCAGCAGCAGCGCGCGGCGCCCGUCGUCGAGCCCGCGUCCUCACGCGCCGGUCCCGACGCCGACGCCGACGCCGUCGCCGACGCCGUCGCGAACGCGAACGCGGCGACGGAACGAGACGCCGCCGUCGCCGCCGCCGUCGCCGCGGCCGUCGCCGCGGCCGUAGAGAGAGAGCAGCUCAAGGCGGUCGCGAUGCUAGAAGCCGCCGCGGAGAGCGGGGACAACGACGUCGCGACGUACAAGGACGAGCUGAACGAGGCGUACGCGGAGAUUGACGCUCUGCGACGAGCGCGGAACGAGGUGCUUCAAACAGCGUCGGACGCGGACGACGCCGCGAACGACGCGGAGAAACGCGCGGCGGAGGCGGAGGAGAGGACGCGCGAGCUCGAGGAGCUCGUGCGCGUCGCGGAGGAGGCGAGGGCGGACGCGGAGGCGAGGGCGGCGAGCAGCGCGACCGCGGCGGCGGCGGCGGCGGCUGCGGCGGAAGAGGAGAACCGACCGCGACCGGCGGCGCCGAACGACGACGCGGUGGCGCUCGAAGCGACGCGGCGCCGCCUCGACGAGGUCGAGACCGCGCUCGCGGCGCGGGUCGAGACGUCCCAGGAGACAGAGCGGCGGUACCGCGCCGCGUCGGCGUCGCUCGCGGCGGCGGAGGCGAGCGCGACGGAGCUCCGCGCCGCGCUCUCCGCGGCGGCGACGGAGAACGAGAAGAAAGAAAUAGAGCUCGUCCGCCUCCGCCGGCAUCUGCUGGACAUGGAAGAAGAGGACGACACGAAAGCGGACGCGGUCGAGGAGCACGUCGCGGCGGUGGAGGACCAGCACCGAGCCGAGAUUGGGAGUAAAGACGUCGCGCUUAAAGCCGCGGAGAGGGAAAUUCUCGUCAUGCGCGAGGCGAUGAGCGCGAAGGACGCCGAGUGCGCGAACCUUCAGCUCGCGCUCGAGUGCUUCAACAACGAGGUCGACGCGAGCGAGCGACGCGUCGCGGAGGCGGCGGCGCUUCGCGAGAAGAACCGCGCGCUCGCCGCGGAGCUCGCCGCCGCGAACCGCGCGGCGGUCACGGCGGAGGAGAAGGCGGCGGCGGCGGCGGCGGCGCUCGGCGUCUCCGAGCGGCGAGAGGCGGACGCCAAGCUCGCGGCGCAGCGCGCGAUCGGCGACGCGUCGAAAGCGCGGCAGGCGCUCGCGGCGUCUCUCGAGAACGCGCGGCACCUGAUGUCGGAGACCAAAGACGAGCUCAUCGACAAGCGCAUCGUGAGCAAGCUCCUCGCGACGUACUUCGAGAGGGACCAGUCCCCGGAGGUGUUGCUCCUCAUGGCGUCGAUGCUGAGCCUGACGCCGGAGCAGAAGACCGUCUUAGGCCCAGCGCUGCGGCGCAGACGCGGCGGCGGGCUCGUCGGCGGCAUCGCGCGCGCGCCCGGGAGGCUGCUCGGCGGCGCGUUGGGGGUGGCCGCCGCGGUGGCGUCGAUGCCCGUCAGAGCCGCGGACGCGUUGACGCCCGAGGACGUCAAGCGUCAGACGCCGGGGGGGAAGAUCAUCACGGACCAGUGGGUGGACUUUCUCCUGUCGCAGAUGGACGAGGAGGAGGAUGAGGGUGAGACGAGCGGCGAGGCGAGGGCAGGCGCCGCGGGCGCGAGCGCGUAG